AUGAGAUUACUAUAUAAAGACAAUCCAAGGACUUUGGUUCUCUACUCAGAAACUCAUAGUCUUACAUUCAGAACAAUCCCUAAUAAUAAUGACCCAAAGAAACCACUUGUUCAUCUUGAAUUAGUACCAAACACUCACAUAACUGCCAAGCAAGGUUAUAAAUCAUUGAUAAGGAAACAAGUAUACGGAUCAUUAGGUAUUAUAAAUAUUGAUAACAUUAACUAUCUAGCUGUAAUAACAGGUGCAAUUCUUAAUGUUGCAAAUCCAAUUAGGAAUGAAUCGAUUGAUCGUAUCUUUUCAGUUGAGUUUAUUUCAUUGGAUAAUAAUGAUUGGGAUUUUGUUACUUUAGAUAGUUCAGGAUUUCCAAUUUCUGAUACUGAUAGUGAAACUGGUACAGAAGAUAGUUAUGGUGGUUUCCCAAGAGUACCACAUCCUUGCUUUGAAUUACAGAAACUUUUAUCAAAUGGUUCAUUUUAUUAUUCAAAUGAUUUCGAUUUAACUUCUACCCUUCAAAAUCGUGGAGUUCAUUCAGGUAAUACAACAUCAGCAACCACUACAACUACUAUCGACCAUUAUGAACCUUCAUACAUGUGGAACUCCUUCAUUAUGGAUGAAAUGAUCAAAUAUCGUUCUAAUCUAGAUACAAAUACUCAAAAAACCCUUGAUCAAAAUCGUUUCUUAACCACCGUCAUUCGUGGGUUUGCCAAAACGGUUUCAUUACAACAUAAUGCUGGUGAUUGUAUCACUCUUAUAUCUAAACAAUCUUGGAAGAGAGCUGGGACAAGAUAUAAUACUCGUGGGAUAGAUGAUAACGGUAGUGUUGCAAAUUAUGUCGAAACUGAAUUCAUAUAUUAUACACCUUCAAAUAAUGCCAUAUUUACAUAUGUACAAAUUAGAGGAUCAGUUCCUACAUUCUGGGAACAAGAUUCUAAGUUGAUCAAUCCGAAAAUCACAUUAACUAGAUCAUAUGAGGCAACGCAACCAAUUUUUAAUUUGCAUUUCAAACAAAUUUGUGAACAUUAUGGAGUAUGUCAUAUUGUUGAUUUAUUGUCAGGUACAAAGAGUUCUGAAGUUGCUUUAUCUAGAAGAUAUCAGCAGUUAUAUUCUUCCUGUGAUUGGAAAGAAGAAUUGGAAUAUACUCUGUUUGAUUUCCAUCAAGAAACAAAAGCUUCCGUAGGUGGGUUUGCUAAUGCUACUAAAAUCAUACCCAAAUUACAUGAUUCAUUACAACAAUUUGGUUGGUUUAGUUAUGAUAUUUCUGAAAGUGAAGUUGUGACUCGCCAAGAUGGGAUCUUUCGGGUUAAUUGUUUAGAUUGUCUUGAUAGGACAAAUUUGAUUGAACAAGUGUUAUCAAGAUAUAUCUUGGAAAACAUUCUCAAUAAUCAAUCACCAAGUUUUGGAAAUCAUCAGAGGUCUGCUAUGAAUAUUGAAUCGAUCUUGAAUAAGCAUAAUUCAUUGUGGGCUGAUAAUGGGGAUGCUAUUUCUCAGAUAUAUACUGGUACUAAUGCACUUAAAUCAUCAUUUUCUCGUUCUGGGAAAAUGAAUAUAGCAGGAGCAUUAUCCGACGUGACUAAAUCGGUUUCAAGAAUGUAUCAAAACACAUUUGUUGAUUCGAAAAAACAAUCCACAAUAGAUAUGUUAUUAGGUGUUGACUCCAAGAUACUUAAAGUAAGAAUCUAUGAUCCCGUGAAUGAAUAUAUCACAGAGAAAUUGAUCCAAGAGGCCGAGAAAUUCACCAAACAUGACAAAGUCACCGUUUUUACCACAACAUUCAAUGUUCACGCAAUGGAACCUUCCGAAUCUAUAGACUUAUCCCUAUGGUUAUUCCCCCAAGAGAAUGGACAACUCAAGCCGGAUAUAAUUGCUAUUGGACUUCAGGAACUUAUAGACCUUAACCCAGGAUCAAUCUUAACUGCAGAUGCAUCCUCCCAAGCCCAAAAAUGGGCUGCUUGUUUAACUCAACACCUUAAUAACAACAACAAUUCAGAAUCUGAUCAAUAUCUCCUCCUUAGGACAGAAUCUAUGACUUCAAUGGCAUUGUUCUUAUAUAUCAAGAAAUCCCAUAUAAAUUCAAUUUCCCAAAUCACGGGAUCAUCAAAAAAGACAGGUAUGGGAGGUAUGACUGCUAAUAAAGGUGCAUGUGCCGUUAGGUUCAAUUAUGGAAAUAGUUCAUUUGUAUUAAUAACCAGUCAUUUAGCUGCUGGAGUGAGUGCGACAUUGGAACGAUAUAAUGAUUAUAUGAGUGUGGUUUCUGGUUUGAAAUUUCUGAGAAAUAUGCAGAUUUUUGAUCAUGAUUAUGUGGUAUGGUUUGGAGAUUUGAAUUAUCGUAUUGAAAUUGAGAAUGGGGUUUGUCGGUCGAUGAUUGAACAGCAGGGAAGGGAAGGGUUGAGGGAGUUGUAUGAGAAUCUGGAUCAGUUGGUUAGGGAAAUGAGAAAGAAUGAUGCUGUUGGUGCGUUUGGGGUUUUUAAAGAAGGAGAAGUGGGUUUCUUGCCAACGUAUAAAUUCGAUACGGGGACUAAUGAAUAUGAUAGUAGUGAGAAACAAAGAGUUCCAUCGUGGACCGAUAGAAUUUUGUAUGUUGAGCCAUUCAAGAAGCGAAAUAAGAAUGGGAUUAAACAAUUGAAUUAUAAUUCGGUUAUGGAUGUGAUGGUUAGUGAUCAUAAACCGGUAUAUUCAACCUUUGAAUGUUUAGUUAAAUUUAUUGAUCGUACUAAGAAGUCUACUAUCAGGAAAUCUUUAUAUGACCUUUAUAAACAACAGCAUGGAAGUACAUAUGAUUUACUUAGUUUGAACGAUGAUGUCUCCUCGAUAACCAGUGCUGCAUCAUCCAGAGCCAGUAGUUUCCCACCAGCACCAGAAGAGAAUUUUGCUAUAGAUACAAUGAGUGAUUUGAAUUUAUUAGACGAUUAUGAUCCAACCAACCCGCCUCCAAAACUUCCAAGCAGGCCUACUGUUGGGUCAGCACCUAAAAGAGUCCCACCACCUCCAUUGAGUAGAAAGGUAUUGGUUCCUAUCAAUAAACAACAACAACCAUCAUCACCAGCAAGAAAACUUCCACCACCUCCAAGUUCAUAUUCGCAACUACAAGUACCGGAAAGGCCACUACCACCAGCAUCACGGAAAGUCUCUUCUCCUUCGCCCGCACCUGUAACUGCACCAUCAUCAGCGCAACCAUUACAUAGUCCACCAAUUGGGUUUUCGUCAGCACCACUCGUUCCUAUGAAAUCAAAUUCUUCAGGUCCAAGUGCGAAUGGAUUGCUGCCUAAAAUUUCUCCAGUGUUGCCAGUAUCUGCGGGAAGCAUACAAAGAAGAGAGUCGGCUUCGUCGUUAUCAGCACUGCUGUCUCCAAAGGUGUUUAAACCAUUGGUUCCUACCAAACCCAAGUCAUUGACUUCAAUUAAGCUGAAAGAAUCGAAGAGUGAGGAAGAUGAUGAUAAAGAAGAUAUGAAAUCCGUUAGCUCUGAACCUGCUCGUUCUGUUGCUGCUCCUGUUCCGCCUCCACCCAGAACUAGCACGAUGAAGAGUAAACAAACGAAGGAAGAAGAUAAACGAAAGCAAAGAAAGAUGAGUUCACGUAGAAUCAAACAUAUAUCAAUUUCAGUUCCAGUGCUAUAUGGAAACCAUGCUUAUAAAUUAACUCCAGAAACCCGAAAACCAACAACUCCCCCUGAUCAUACUCAUAUAUGGACAGUAUUCUUCAAACCAGUGAUUGGUGAUAUUGAUCUUACUCCAAUACUUAAGAAAGUGACAUUUAAAUUACAUGAAACGUAUGAGAAUCCGGUCCGCUCUAUAGAAACACCGCCAUAUCAAGUCACUGAGACUGGAUGGGGUGAAUUUGAGAUUAUUAUUAAAUUACAUUUCAAUUCUGAUUUAGGAAUUAAUGAAAAGAAUUUUCAAAUUUUCCAUGCAUUGAAAUUACAUCCGUAUAAUCCAUUAGUACCUAUUCGUGAGAAUGGGGAGGUUCAUUCUGUAUUGUAUGAUGAGUUGAUAUUUAAUGAGCCUACUGAACGCUUAUUUGAGAUUUUGACUCAAAAACCAGUGAAUUUGUUGAGUUAUAAGUUGACAAAUCCUAAUAAGAGAGAUCAAGAAUAUAUUAGACCUGAUGAGAUCGAUGAGUUGGCGAGAUUGGAUGUAUAUAUAAAUAAAGUAAAGGAAGAAAUUGAGAGACAGACGAAUCAAUAUAAGGAUUUAGAACAAGAAAAAUUGGCAUUAUUACAAUAG